CACUAUACGGUUACGCCCAGUCAUAAAGACUUUAAGAAACUGUGAGGAUAGGACAAAUAGAGCACAACAUAGAAGAAGGUUUUCAGGCAGCCAAAACAACAGAGAGUGAGAAAAAUGCCUAACUGGGGAGGUGGAAAGUCGUGUCCAGUUUGCCAAAAAUCUGUUUACUUUGCAGAGGAGGUUCAAUGUGAGGGUAACAGCUAUCACAAAUCUUGCUUCUUAUGCAUGGUCUGUAAAAAGAAUCUGGAUAGUACAACUGUGGCCAUUCAUGCUGAUGAGAUUUACUGCAAGUCCUGCUAUGCUAAAAAGUAUGGACCCAAAGGUUAUGGUUUUGGACAGGGAGCUGGCACCUUAAGCAUGGACAAGGGGGAAAAUUUGGGCAUUCGACAUGAUGAUGAACCUAGGCUGCACCAGGCAACAAAUAACCCAAAUGUCUCUAAGUUUGCUCAGAAAGUAGGAGGAGCAGAUGUGUGUCCUCGUUGUUCAAAGUCUGUUUAUGCUGCAGAAAAAGUAAUCGGUGGUGGCAAUUCCUGGCAUAAGGCUUGCUUUCGCUGUGCCAAAUGUGGAAAAGGUUUGGAGUCUACAACAUUAGCAGAUAAAGAUGGAGAAAUAUUUUGUAAAGGAUGCUACGCUAAGAACUUUGGACCAAAAGGCUUUGGAUUUGGUCAGGGGGCUGGGGCUCUAGCCCACACAUAAUUACAUCACUCUUAUGUCUGCGUUGUGCAGAGCAAUUACACAUUGUAUCUUCUUUUCACCUGAAUAACACAAUAAACACAGUUCAGCUUUAGGGUUUGCUUUUCUAUAAUACCACUGCCAACCAUUACUACUGCAUAUUUUUUCUUUAAGGGAAAUAUAUUCAAAAACACCUAUAUACAUCAACUCACAUUCUGUGACUGGACGUCUGUCACUUAGAUUCUUGUUUUUAUGUAAUGGUUUUCAAGAAACUUAACAAAAUAAUGUAUUCAUUUGAAAA